AUGGAUCUACCAGAGGGAAGUUAUCACGCGCAUGAAGGCGAUGCGCACCCACCACCUCUCGAUUCUCGUGGCUACCAGGAAGCCAUUCGAGCGCACUUGACUGAAUUUGAAGCGAGUACACAAGCGCAUACGCAUGCGCAUGUCAAUGGUCUCAAUGAUAUGCUUGCCUCGACACAUCUUCCUGCAACGACUGCGCCAUCCACCACAAAAAAGAAGAAGAAGGGAAAGCUUGAAAAAGAUAGAAUCUGGAAUACAACCACGAAUGAAGAGCGUGAGCGUAUCAAGGACUUCUGGCUCAACCUCGGUGAAGAGGAGCGCAAGUCGCUUGUUAGGGUCGAGAAGGAGGCUGUCUUGAAGAAGAUGAAGGAACAGCAGAAACACAGCUGUUCUUGCUCUGUCUGUGGCAGAAAACGGACGGCUAUUGAGGAGGAGCUUGAAGUCCUGUAUGAUGCAUACUACGAGGAACUCGAGCAGUAUGCAAAUCAGCAGCGCGACCAACAACAGCAUCAACGAUUGCAUCCUGAAGAAGCCGCAGCAGCCGCAAGCGAUCAUAUCAGACGAUUACGGCCACAUCAUGGCAAGAUUACCGAAAUGAUUGGCUCAGACGAUGAAGAUUCGUACGACGAUGACGGUCUCGAUUCUGAAGAUCUCGACUCGGAGCGGUCGUAUGAUGAUGAACUCUCUGGCGAUGAAUACAGUGAUGCGUAUGAAGAGGAUCGCGCACCCACCGAAUUUUUCAAAUUUGGCAACUCCUUGACUGUCAAGGGCGGCGUUCUCACCGUUGCUGAUGAUUUACUCAAAAAUGAUGGUAAAAAAUUCAUUGAAAUGAUGGAGCAAUUGGCUGAGCGGCGCAUGCAACGCGAAGAGGAAGCGGCGCUUGAGGCUCAAGAGUAUGACGACGAGGACGAUGAUGAGUAUGACGAUGACAUUGACUCGGAGGACUACGAUGACGAGGAAGAGGAGCAAGAUGCUUUGACUGAAGAGCAACGGAUGGCAGAAGGCCGUCGCAUGUUCCAGAUCUUUGCCGCUCGCAUGUUUGAGCAACGCGUCUUGACUGCGUAUCGCGAGAAGGUUGCACAAGAGCGGCAGGCAAAAUUGCUUGAAGAGCUGGAACUUGAAGAUUCGCGCGAAAAGGAGAGAGAGGCGAAGCGACAAAAGGAUGCUGCAAAGAAGAAGGAAAAGAAGCGCUUGCAACAGCAGAAGAAGGAGGAAGAGCGUGCAAAGAAGGAGGCUGAGCGACUCGCUGAGGAAGCAGCACUCAAGGCUGAAGAGGCGCGAAAGCAAGAAGAAGCUCGCAAACGCAAGGAAGAGCAACGCCUUAAGAAGGAAGCUGAGAAGCGUGCUCUCGAGGUCGAGCGUCUCAAGAAGGAGGAGGAAAAGAAGAAACGCCUGGCAGAGGAAAAGGCUCGCGAACAAAAGAAGCAAGAGCAGUUGGCAAAGGAGAAAAAGGCCAAAGAAGAUGCGGCAAAGCGCGAACGAGAAGCCAAGGAGGCGGCCGCAAGGGAGGCAAAGGCACAAAAGGAGCAUGCCAAGCAACAGCAACAACGGCAAGCUGCACAAGCGCCGGCUCCUCCACAGCAACCAUUACCACCCGUGCAGCGCAAAGUUUCCCCGCCUUCGAAGCAACUCAGUCCGCAUGUCAGCCAGGCAUCUCCGGCGAUCCCAAAGACGCAUACACCACAGCCUCAAGCUGUGCCCGCGCGACGUUCACAGGACUAUUCCCGGCCUGUUGCCUCUCAGCAACAACCGCAGUCUCAUCCGUCUGCAGCUCGCAUCAUUCCAAUGCCAUCUGUGCAGCAACAGCAACAGCAUCAGCAAGCACAACAUCACCAACAGUCUGGGGGCCAUCCGCAACAGCAGAAUCAGCGUACCAUGACAAGUUCAAUUUCUCCACAGCAGUAUGUUGCCCCGGCGGCAGGAUUCCCACGCUCGGUGGGCCACCCGCCAAGCUUGCCCGUACCGCUACCGCCUCCUGGCAUUGGUGGUGUGCAGGGUCAACCACUGCAACAAGCGCACGAUCCGUUCGGAUUCAACGAUCCCCGCUCCAUGCAACAGCCGCCACAACAGCAACUUUUGAAUGGGCGUCCCGGGUCUGGUACUUUGCCUGCACCUCAUCUGUUUUCUGGCACUGCGCCAGCUGGUCUAAUGCAAGGUGGUAUUCAUGCGAUGCGUUUAGCGCCUGGCACAACACCCCAGCAACAACAGCAGCCGCCAAUGAAUUCGAUGGCUGCUCAGCAGCGUUUCGCGCCUCAGCAAGGUUCUGGCUUUUUUGGUCUUGGUGCGAAUACCGGUGCACCUUCAAGAGAGGAUGCAUUGGAGCAUGACUACCGAUUCGACAAUAGCAGUUCUUCGAGUGCGCCCCUUGGUGCAAUUGGACGACCGUCAGGCUUACCGCCGAUGAGACAUCAACCGCCUCAGCGGCAGCAACCUCCCAUGCAGCCGCAACAACAGUCAUCUGUGCAACAGCAACAGCCUCAACCGCCUCUCAAUGCUGCCCCUGGGUCCAGGCCUGCCCCGAUUCAACGACCAGGAAGCGUAACACAGCCGCGCAAUAACCAAUUCGGUUCCGUUCGAGGCGGCGUCGACUCACUUAAUGACGUUAUGGGUUCGCGUGCACUACUUGAAGAUGAUGAUCCUAUUGUGGGGUUGGCAAGUCCAUCCAUGAGCUUCCUUGGCAGCUCUGUCAGCAGUGGAGGCCGGCAAACUUCCUGGGGAGGCUACGAUGUUCAUGGCAUGCAACAACAGCAGCAGCCAAGUCACCAGCAGCAGUCUCAGGGAUUUUUCCACGGGGGAGCGUCCGGGAAUAGUAAUACCUGGUCAUUAAGCGGUGCUCUUGCAACUGGAGGCCCAGAAGACUCGUAUGUGCCUUCAGAAAAGGUGAUUCGCAGCUGCUGUAAGCAAGCGUACCAACGGCUUCGUCAACUGGGCAACCAUAGUCUCGAUGGUUUCAUGCCUCUGCGAGAUGUGGCCGCGCAGUAUCGUGUCCUGUUCUCCGAGCAUGAAGUCGACGAGAGUGACUUGCUCUCUGCAUGUGGUGCGUCGCCUUCAAAUGACAAUGGUCGCGGUUUAUUCCUCGUCAAGCACUCUCCAGCUGGCUAUUUGCUGCGCUAUCAAGAUGAACCUGAUGGAGCGUCGCCUUUUAGUGGCUCUCUCGGCAGCGGGCUCGGUCACAGUCUGAAUUCGCUUGGGGGUGAGCAACAAAAGAUGGCUGACCGCUGGAGUGUAUCGGGCCUUGGUGGCAAUGCGCUCAACGGUAGCGGGGAUCUCACGUCGCCGCCUUUGAUGCAUGCACCUGCAAAGCAAUGGUAG